ACAUGCGUCGUUGGCAGCCCGAGGGGGUACUCACCAGCAGAGUGGCGGCAGGGGCAGUUAACCAUCUCUAAGGACACUCUCACGCUAGUAGCGACCGCUGUCUGGUUCAAAGUUUUGGGGCUUUCUGUUCGGAGAAACAAACGUUUUAGCGACGCUGUGUUUGACGGUGUCCGGUUUCCUCACACUGAGGGAUUGCAAUGCCCUCUGACUUUAUCUCCCUUUUCAGCGGGGACCUCGACCUGAAUUCACCCAGAUCCUUGUACUCUAAAGAGUCAGUGUAUGACCUUCUUCCCAGAGAGCUGCAGUUGCCUUCAUCCACUCAGCAAAGCCCAAAAGUCAUGAGUCAAAAGAGCGGCGGAGAGGCAGGGCCUCUCCCUUCAGCUUCUCUAGCAUCAGAUGCCUCUUCUCUGACCAUGGAAGGCCCUCGCAGUGCUUUUUCCACCUCUUCCAGCUCCACCAUGCAUUCCAGUAAUCUAACCAAUGACCAGAAACCAGUUAAAGCCAGUAAUGUUGAUCCAGACGACACCAGGAGUACCAAAGUGGUACCAGAGGCUGCUGGAGCAGAACGUGGAAAUGGUAACGGCAGGGGCAGCGGCGAGCUAGCAGGAGGAAAAGGUGUAACAACCCAGGAAGGCCCACUGCAUCACCCACUGACUCCAUCAAAGCGUCGCACCGUACUGAACAUCUCGCCACCUCCAGAAGAUUUGUUUGAUGACAGCCGAAUGUCCUGCCAAGAUGAUGGGACCCAGGAUACAGAGCAAAGUAACAGCAUCUGGAUGGAUGAAUCUCUGUCCAACUUCAGUGUGACGAGCACGUUGUCUUACAAUGACAACACAGAGGUGCCACGGAAGUCCCGCAAACGUACCCCUCGUCAAAGGCCUGGCCCUAAGACGGCGCCGCCAGGGGAGGGCAGCAUGGAUGUGUUUGAUGCAGACAGUGCCAAAGGCCCCCACUUUGUCCUGUCGCAGCUAGGCCCUGACAGCAAGGGAGGACAUAAAGGAAGUUCUGAUGAACCUCAGACUACUAUUCAGAAAGGAGGAACUCUCUCGAUGCAGUUCCCACAAAAGAGUGAGGGGAAAGAGUUGAAGAUCCUUGUCCAGCCUGAGACCCAGCACCGAGCCCGCUAUCUGACUGAAGGCAGCAGAGGAUCAGUGAAGGACCGCACUCAGCAGGGCUUCCCUACUGUAAAGUUGGAGGGAGUGAACGAGCCAGUGGUUUUGCAGGUGUUCGUUGGCACCGAUGCCGGCCGCGUGAAGCCUCAUGGGUUUUACCAAGCCUGCAGGGUUACUGGUCGCAACACCAUAGCCUGCAAGGAGAUUGAUAUUGAAGGCACAACUGUUAUCGAAGUGUCCCUGGAUCCAAGCUCCAACAUGGCCCUAGCGGUGGACUGUGUUGGGAUCCUGAAGCUUCGCAACGCUGAUGUAGAGGCUCGCAUUGGGGUGGCCGGAUCAAAGAAGAAGAGCACACGCGCUCGGCUCGUGUUUCGGGUCAACAUCCCCCGUCCAGAUGGUUCAGUGCUUACACUACAGACUCCCUCAUCUCCAAUCCUGUGUACCCAGCCAGCAGGAGUGCCUGAAAUACUGAAAAAGUCACUGCACAGCUGUUCAGUGAGGGGUGGAGAGGAGGUCUUCAUCAUUGGAAAAAACUUUCUUAAAGACACCAAAGUCAUAUUUCACGAGAAUGCCUCUGAUGAGAAGUCAUGGAAGGCAGAGGCUGAAAUUGACAUGGAGCUUUUUCACCAGAAUCACCUGAUAGUAAAGGUUCCUCCCUACCAGAACCAAGCCAUCACAUCUAAAGUGUGUGUAGGAAUCUACGUGGUGACGAAUGCUGGGAGAUCCCAUGACGUUCAGCCAUUUACUUACACUCCAGAUCCAGCAACAAUCGAUGUUCCUGUGAAGAAAGAGUUGCCUUCUCCAGUGAAGACGUGUUCUUUUGAUGAGCAAAUUAAAGAUGGAUCCCUGAUGCCUUUGUUGUCUUUAGUAAAGAGAGAAGAUGUCACUCCAAUGGAGGUGACAAGCAACCUUCAGUCUUCAGGAGUAUUUAAGCAGACUGGUGAUCUGUGCCCAGCCCAGCAGAACUCUGAUAUGACGGCAGGACAUCUAAAUAAAAACAGAGUAUUCUCCAGCAACCUGUCUCAGCCUGCAGGUGAUCCUGACAAAGGCCAGUCGCCUGUUUUUACCAGCACUGAGCCCUUAAGCACCAUCCAGAAGCAGGACAUUGUUGCGGGCAGCUCGUUCUCUGUGCCUGCAGACUCUCUGCUUCAGCAAGGAUCACAGCAGUUCCUUUUGGAGACCAGAGAUGGCCUCAGGCAGGAGAGGCCAGGUGUCAGUUCUGGAGCUGUGGGAAGGUUGUGUGGGGAACCUGCAUCUCAACCGCAGCAGCUGCCACUCUUUCCUCCAGAUGAAGUAGCCCAGCUGGAAGAAGCAGUGAGACAACUAAAAGCCAAAGGAUACUGUAACUUAUCACUUCAAUCUGACAACCCUAUAACCAAACAGCAGCAGCAACACAUCCAGCAUCAGCAACAGAUCCAAAAACAGCAAAUUCAGCAGCAGCAACAGCAGCAGCAGGUUAUGGAGAAUCUGCAGCAGCAGCUGUUUCAAUCACAGAUGCAGAUGCACUGUGCCAUGUUUCAGGAUGCAUCCCAGGCCAAAAAUGGAGAGCUUCAGGUCUCAUCACCAGGUGUGGUGACUAACCAGGGAUCACUUUUCCAGCCGGACCAGCAACAGCAACAACAACAGCAACAACAACAGCAACAACAGCAGCAGCAGCAGCAACAGCAAGCAGCUCUUUUUCAGCAGGCAAAUGAUCUUCUUUCUAUCCAGACAAACUUCCUCCAGCAGACCCCAUCUCACUCUUCACCCCCGAUGUUUCACAAUCCCAGCACUCUGGCAGAAACGCAGGAUCCACAGGGGGCGCUGUUUCAAAAAGCCUCCCAGGAACAGGUCCAGGCUGCACUCUUCCAAAGCACCAUGACAGUGCUACAGUCUCCAGAGCAGCAAGCCUCAUCCCCUGGACUCUUCCUCGCCCAGACCUCUAUGUCCAAUCAGCUUUCAAACAACAGUUCCCAGCAACAGCAGCAGCAACAACAGCAGCAACAGCAGCAGCAGCUGGCCUUCCUUAGCGCUUUACAAUCUUCUUCCCCUGAACCACAGUCAGUAUUUCAGACCCAGAUCUCCCCCAUCCAGCAGAGAAGCCCCAUGGAGCAGGAGCAACCAUCUCAGCCUCAACACCACACACAGCCAGCCCAGCAGGCCAGCCUGUUUCAGAGCAUCUCUCCACAUUCAUCUACAAAUUCACUUUCUCCAGGCCAGCAGCAGCAGCAACAGCAGGCUGGCUUGCUGUUUUGCAGCAACACCCUUUCCACACCAGACCAGGGCUCUAGCAUCCUUUUCAGCAACCAAGGCCAAAUGCCUCCUUUGACCAACAACAGUCUAGUUUCUCAAGAGCCCCAAAACACCCCUCUGCCCUUUUCUCAAGCCAACAUGGUGACGGUAACCCAGCAAGAUCGCCCAGAACCCAUGACCUUAGGGAACCCUGCUGAACCACCACAGCAAGCCAUGUUUCAGGAGCAACAACCUAUGCAGCUGGGGAACAGCAGCAACAGAGAGGAGCAGCCUGUGGGUCUCUUCAUGCCUCAGUCCACUAUGGCCUCUCUGCAGGGGGGUCUGGCCGCUCAGGAGCUUGCACAGUCAGCCGUGUUUGCCUCACAGAAUGGCGUGUCAAACCUCCAGACAACUACGUCCUCCCCUGUUCAACAGCCAGGAUCUCUGUUUCAAACAGCUGUGAGUGGGAGCGUCAAUCAAUCCAGCCAGCCUCAACAAGCUGGCCUCUUCCUUUUCGGUAUCCAGAACGAAUGUGGCCAGUUGAUGGAAACUCCUGGAAACACGCUGUCAGAUCAGAUAAUAGCAAUCAGCCAGUCUGGUCAGAACCAGAGAGAGAGUGAAGCGCACAUCCAGUCCCUGCUCAGCCAGUCCCUCUCUCAGUCUGGCACUGUGCCGAACACCAUGUCUGCCUCUCAGAACAUGGAGAAGAUUGACGAUCUGCUGGUCAGCCUGCAGGAGCCGGGCAGCAACAUAACUCGUUCCUACUAAUUGAAUGCAGGUUUAUAACUUUUUCUUUCUUUAAAAAGUUUUAUAUGUGGAAAGAUUGUAAAAAUUUGUAGGUCCAAAUAUUGUCUCUUGUGGUCACUUCAUGUUUUGUUUUUUUCUGAACUAUAUGCAUAUGAUUUGGUCUUCUUUUAAGGGUGUGUUAGGAAAGAACAGUUAAGAUGAGCUAAAGAUUUUAUAGUGACCAUGAAGAUAAAGUGGACAAAUUAAUAUUCGGAUAACUAAAAGAAAUGAAACAUAAACAUCUCUAACUCAAUGACUGAAUGGCUGAAAAUGGCAAUGGACUCCAGAGAAGGAAACUUCCGUGAAACUUUGAAAGAUGUUGAAUUUAGACCUCGGGAAUGACACUAACCAGCAAUCCUUGGAAUCUGUUAGAUUUCUAUCUGUAAGUAGAAUUUCAUUUCAUUUGCGGUAUCUUUUAGUUCUUGUGGUGUUUUCACAAAUCACGUUCUUUUUUUUUUCCUUUUUCCUUUUUUAAAAACUUUUGUAUUUUGGUUGCACGGAGCAUGGAUUGUGUGACACAGUGAGAGGAGUGCGGUAUGUAGGGGUUGAAGGGGUGUCAAACUCGUUUUUAACUCAAGGACCACAUGAAAUCAGUUUGAUUUCAUUUCAGUGGGUGUUAGGGUAGUUGAAUCACUGAACUUCAACUUUAAAAAGUUUAAUAAACAUAAGUUAAUGAAUCCUCCAUUUUUCAAAAAGAAAACAAGAACCAACAGUCCGAGAUGCUUUUGCUUUAACUUCAGUGUGGCAUGACAGGCCAUGGGUUAUUUCUUUUUCAAGAGGGAGUUGGUUUAGACAGCCACUCUCAUUAGUUGGAUAAUUUUUAAUUACUUUUAACUACUGCUAUUAAAAAAACCCAACAGACUGAAGAGACCAAAGAUUGUGCAAGUUUUACUUUUUGUUAAAGUCUUCGAGUGGGCUGAAUUGGCUCCUCUGCCCUCAUGUUUGACACCCCUGGUAGGUAGCUUCUGUUGAGUCAUGUGAUCCAACAGUGUAGAAAGUGUGCAAGAAGGCUGGAGCAGGCAGAGAAAUGAGAGAAAAAGGAUGAGCUGUAAAAACCAAUACACACUAAUCUUAUGUAAUAUCACAAUUAAGUUUUUUUUGUUUGUGGGUGCUUAAUAUUUCAUUGUUGUAGCAGCAAGCUUGCACCCGAUAAUGUAAAUAAAUCCGCUUUAGUUGUCUUUGUCACAAAGUGACUUUGGUUUCAUUGAUGAUGGAAGCUCAGAUGCUCACUAGGUGCACUGUACUUUUAUGUGUUAUAUUUUGCUGCAAAUCAGUCUUGUCAAGGCCAGUUGAGUAGAUUGAUUACUAUAAACUAAAAUAUUUGUAGUUCAAGCAAAGCUUGUCAGUGUGAUGGUCAGUGCAGAUUUGAAACACACACCAGUCAGCCACAAUAAUAAAACCUUCAAUAGUUUAAUGCAGUUUAUCGCCCCGCUGGGAGAACUUGGUUCCUGGCAUUCAUGAGGAUAACUGGACCUGUUGUUUGACCAGCGUAAAUACAGCUCAAGGAACGUCACGCUUCCCAGAUCCCAGUGAUGUCAAGCAUCGACAGUUUGAGCUGGAACAAGCCUGGUCUACGGAGUCCUCAAUUUACUACCGACCAAGUCCAGAAGGAUCCUCGCCACCAGAGAUCAUGACUCCGCCAGAGGUGUUCUUGAGGGACCCAUGCAAUAUUAGGAAGAUGGGUUUUAAUGUUGUGGCUGAUCAGUGUCUUUUUGAGUAUGAAAUGCUUUGCAGUAUCCACCACAGUGUACAGGCUUUGUAAUGAAGGCGUGACAAAAUUUAAGGCAUUUAGAAAAAAAAAAAAAAUCAUCACUUUAAUGAUGCCGGUCCAGUAGAGAACAGUAACGCCCACAGGAGGCAGCAAGUUUGCCCGAAGCUCCCUCUUCUGCAUUGUUUACAGUGAAUAUGAAUAUGGAUCAUAAAAACAAAUUACCACGAGAGUCUGAUUUAAGCCAGUAUCACUAAAUGUGUCCAAAUUAGUUACUGUAUAACAAAAAUGUUUUAUAACAGUGUGUCUUUUUGACAUCCAUGUUACAACUGCCACUGUUCAUUCACAGAAAAAGCUAAAACAUUAUUAGGCCUUUAUUUUAUUUAUCCAGGUAAAAGAUCUCAUUGAGAUUAAAAAUCUCAUUUCCAAGAGAGACCUGGCAUUGUACUAACAUAUUAGAUUCCUAAAAGCUGUGCUGGAAAACUGGACAAAUCAGGAAGAACUUAGCAUUUAACAUUUUAAUGCAGGUAAUGUAACUUCAGAUGACCUAUAUCUCAUAUAUAUAUAUAUAUAUAUAUAUAUAUAUAUAUAUAUGCACCUAGAGCAGAAUAUAUUAUAUGUAGAAUAUAUAUAUAUAUAUAUUAUAUUUUCAUUGUGUGCUUUAGUGUCAUUUUGUUGGUGUCAUUCUGCGGCAGGCACGCAUGAACAGGAGUAGUAUUCUUUUUCUUUUCUUUAUUUUUAAAGUCUUUCCAGCAGGUUAUUAAUGUGAUUGAUUCAGUGAAUGUUGAAAAAGCAGCAGCAUUCACUAAUGCUACUUCACAUCUCAUCCAGGAUAGUGUAUUAACAUGCACAAAUAGAGCCUGAUACGUAUGUUUUCUUGUAAAUGGAUACUGUACAGUUUUUACAGACUUCAUGUCGCCGUAAGCAGUUGGCCAGUGACCUCUGGACCAAAGUUUGACUCAAAUCUUGCUCUGAGUGAAUCCAGGAAUGAUGGAAGGCCAGUUUUAUGGCUCAUGAGUUUUUAUUCUGUUUUUACAGACUUGCAAUUUAGCUUGAAGAUCAGCGUAGUUUUUUUUUUUCUUCCUUUACAGAAUUUACAGAUUUUAUUGUUAGACAUUGUUCUACUGUUCACGCUUUUCCCCUCAAUGUCACAUCUAGUUUCCCUUUAAAGUGUGUGCAUGAACAAGGGGCUGAUCUCUGAUAGGAUCGGCUCCGUUUUACACCUCGUUGUUGCCGUGUUUUCUGUGUAUAGUUUGUCAGAAAUACAUCAACGCCGUUACAUUUUAUAUGCUUUCAAAUCUGAUUUAGCUGUCGGUUAGGAUGGAGACGAUGUAAACUUGAUUAAUGUAAUGUGUGGAGCUACAGGGCGUCAGUUGGAAGAGUUGGAGUGGUUUUUAAAGGGACCCAACUCCUGAAGAAAACCGGUCUUUGGAGAAAAGAGCUUUCUGAGAUUGGCUUUCUUCAAUUUGUGACUUUGUUUAAUAACUAAUAUUUCCAGUGUUGAGUAUUUAUGAUUUAAUUUCCUUUUUUUUGUAGAUACUAAUUCUUUUUUUUAUCAGUUUAGUACUUGUGCCUCUUUUCAGAGAAGUAUAUCUUAAUUUAUUUGUGUGUUGGUUACUCUCCAAAUUGUAAUCAGAGCUGUGGUUCUAACUUCGUGAAUGACACAGAUUGUGAUUUGGCAGCCACCCCCCAAAGACACACGCACACAUGUUGAUGCAGGCACCUUGCGAUGGAUAUUUCUGUGCACAGUUCCUUCUGUGACUUGCAGAAGUUGUAGCUACACCGUUAAGCUGACGUCACAUGUUUAUUUAUGGUUUGUAAUUAGACCGAAGGUCCGAUGUGACCAAAUACUUAAAAAACAGGGCAACAGUAUUUUUACAAUGAAAAUCAUCCUAAAUGUGCAUCAUGGUUGUAAAAGUGUCAUUUUGAGACACCGUGAAUGAAUGGUACACAUAAGGGGGAGGUGAUUACUUUUUUUUGGGGGGGGGGGGGAUUGAUUUCCUCAAUAGUGUAUAUUAUGUGUAAUUGUUGAUCAGAUAUGAGUGUGUUUCGCUCAUUUACACCGUCGUGUAUGGAAAACAAGAGGGAGGUUGUUGUUUUUGUUUUGUUUUGAAAAAAGUUCUCGUUUUUCUCAUUUUAUUUAAUUUUCUGUUUUCAGUAGAACAAUAUGUGGUUUUCUUUUAUUAUAACCUAUUAAUAUUGUGUCAGCAGAGUCACAGACAUUUUAGUUGUUUUGUGUGUUUUUUUGUUUUUUUUUAACCAUUUACACUGCUUAAAACACCCAUAAAGAUUGUACACGUGCCUUAACGAGAUGUUGUAGCAACAGUCAGAUUGACGUUUUACCAUAUCUGCUUGUUUAACACCCCGCUGGCCCUACCGGUGAUGGUUAGUCCUCAUUAAAUAGAAUGUUUCAAGCCAUAACACUUUGAGUGCACUUGAAGUGCUCGACAACAGUGACCAGAUAAAUGAGGUUGUGGUGGAUUCAUGUGUUGUGCAAUUUGUGUCAUAUCUGACUUGUUUGUACUGAAGUACCCAUUGCAUUUAUGUUGUUUGACACAGAUGCAAAAAAGAUUUUUCUCUGAAACUGCUAUGCAGCUAAUAUACCUUUUAAAUGUAGAUCUAUUACUUUUUGAACAUAUAUUUUUCUAUAUAGCCUCUCCCAUUUUUAGACUAAAGGAGAAACCAAAAUAGAUGUUCUUUGUUAUUUACAAAGAUGUUAAUUCUGUUAGUCGAAAUGCUAACUUUUCAGCAACAAUUAAAGAUGCUUUCUUGUGUUUUGGUUGAGACAAGGGUCGCAAAUGUGUGUUUUCUUUGUUACCAUCUUACUUAAAGGCUUUGUGAGGAGAUGCGAGUCAUACCUCUGUCUAUAUCAGUUGUUUACUGUGCAGUGGUUCCCUUUCUUUCUGAUGUCUCUCAGGGCAUCCUGGUAAACAGGAUGUCAUUUUAAUUGUCACAAGUCAUCUUGCUCAGACCUGUCAGACCAGUAAAAGGUGGUGCACACUAGAUUUGUUCUCCAAUUUGAAAACUGUGUGUAUAAUUAUCCUUGCCACAAAUUGUUUGCUUUGCUUAUACUUCCCAUUUCUCUGCCAUAUUUAAAGCCUAAGUGAACGACUCUUCUAGUAAACAUCUGAAGGUGUAAAAAUCUCCCUUUCUGUUUCUAACCAUGUGAACAACUAUCAAAUCAUCAUUACCCAAUAUAUAUUUAAAAACAACAACAACAAACAAAUAACUUUUAUAUAUCUGGCUUUUAUUGGGACAUUUUUACUCUCUUGCAAUUAAUUUUCUGUUAAACUUGCUGCUAUCUGUAA